AUGGUCAACUGGCGACUACGUGACGCGUGGUCGAUGCACCUCGUCGCCAUGCUUUGCCUGUGCGUCGAAAGCCACCUCGUCUGUUUCCCACUAGGGUGCCAACUGGCCGCCGUGCAGAACGAUACGGAAGCUACCAGCAAGCGCCUGGUCAGGGACCUGUUCGAAAACUCACAUUACGACAAUCGCGUCCGCCCAGUCAGGCACCACAGUACCCCGAUCAACGACGAACGGGCGCAGAACAUCGAACUGUACAUGUGGAUCGUGCAGAUGUGGUUCGAUGAAUUUCUGUACUGGAAUCCGAAACAGUACGAAGGUCUGGAAAAUCUGGUCAUCCCAUACAAUCUGAUUUGGUUGCCUGAUACUUAUCUGUACAACGGCCUGGUUAUGGAGAGAGAAAAGUCAGAACGCUGGUUGAGCGUCAUCCUUUCGAUGAAUAGAAGCAAUCUGCUAUCGAUUGAUUCGAGCAACGAAACGAACAAGGUAUUCGUCACUUUUCGGUACCCGGCGAUUUACAAGUUCGUCUGCAAUAUGAACAUCUUCUACUACCCGUUCGACGUCCAGAAAUGCCGCAUGACGUUCGGUUCUUGGAUGUACGAUUCGGCGGACAUUAACUAUGACACGAUGACGUCAGACGUGUUCCUGGAGGAGUACAUCGAGAACUCAGAAUGGACGGUGGAAAGCUUCAAGGCCGAGCGCGUAGUGGAAAUGUACAAAUGCUGCCAAAACCCAUUUACGCUGAUCCACGCCGAUCUGAUCAUCAAACGCAAGCCGCUGUUUACCCUUGUGAACCUGGUCAUACCGACGGCGAUCAUCAACCUCAUCUCUCUGUUUGGCUUCUUCUCGCCGACGACAACCAACGGCGAAAGAACCGAAAAGGUGAACCUCGGAAUCACCACUCUUUUAGCCAUGUCGAUCCUGUUGCUCAUGGUUUCCGAAGAAAUGCCGACCACCUCUGAUUUCAUACCGCUAAUAGGUACCAGACAAGGCCGUUAUGGAAAGCGUCUGUCUUACAAAUGGAAAAAGUUUAUCAUGAAAACCAUGGCUAACAAAGUUGGUCUUUCGCUACCACUGUCCUUAAAGGACGCCUUACUAAUGGACCAAGAGAACUCACAAGAAGAACCAGUGCCGCUUGGGAAGCUAGAUGAAUCAACUAUGUAUGAUUCAGGAGUUCACGAAGCUAAUCAUCUCAUAGAGAUUAAUCUUUAUAAACUGAAGGAAAAUUCGAAACCACGAAAUGUCCAAAACCCAAACUCGGUCGACAGUAGUGUGAUGGAACAACUACACGAAAUUCGUCGAAGGAUUCGUCACCUCUGCGAGUCUGUGCAGGAUGCAGAGGAAGAGAGAAAACUACUUUUAGAAUGGGAAUUCGUCGCUACUGUAUUGGACAGGGUAUUUCUGAUCAUGUUCACCACGCUGUCCAUCACCACCAUUGCGGGCAUCCUGCUAAUGGGCUUUCUUGGAAGACAAGUGAUCUGA